UGUAGUCUGACCGCGGACCAGAAAGGAGGAGGACGUCGUCGUUGCAUUAACCGUGGCCGCUGCAGUGCGUUGCCGUCCGCCGGCCAGGAACUGUGUCGUUUUCCACAUUGCGAUGGACACACUUUUCCGGCAUUAAACAUCGGGCGUGUGUGUGUGUGUGUGCUCUGUGUAGUGAAGAUCGUUCCUCUGUGUGUGUCCUGCGUGCAUUUCCUUCCAAAGCCGAUGGCCAACAUUCGCGACAUCGUAACCGCCGAAAGAACGACUUCCUUCUUCUCCGGAGCAGUUUACGGUUGGAAAAUUUUAUUUCAUCCCACCGUACUGAACGUUUCAGACCACCUCCCCACCCCACCCACCCCCCAUUUGGCGUUGUCUUUUGAACGUGCGUAUUUGUGUGUAGUAAAAUCGAAACAAGCAAAAAAAUAAUCAACCCACCGAUUCGAAGAAAAAAAACAAAUACACACACACACACAGAGGCAGGAGAAGAAAACAUAAACCGCUCUGUAACCAACCGUCCGGUUCUAGCCGUCGGUUGUUGUGGUGCGCAUAAAUUGAUUCUAUUUUUAUAUGCAUACUGUUUGGCUAUUUGUUGCUGUUGUUGCCGUUUUUCUCACAAACUCACCCCACCCCCCACGCCUCUUCGUUCGACCCGGUCGACAAUUCCCUUCCAGUGCGGGAAAACCCAGCAGCCCGUCAAGUAGCCCGUGCUGAUCCCCGUGCUGAUGGGCAUGGUCCAGUCAGUGGAAGGCAGUAGGCGGCGCAUGUGUCGACGAUCGUAGCGGCUAAACGGUACGGGGUUUGGUUAAUUUCUUCGCGGACGCUCUCGUCCAGGUUCAAUCCUGCUCGUCCCCGGUCAGUGGAGGGGUGGUUUUUGGUUGGCAGGAGGAGAUUGUUGUUAAGAAUUCUGUGCCGCAGCUCGAGUAACAAUCAACAUCAUCAUCAUCAUCAUCAUCAGCAUCAGCAGCAUCAUCAACAACAAUCUCUAGUGGCGGCGGCUGCUGCUGCUGCCGAUUUUGAAGUGGCCUAGAAUCUUCACAAUUUCGCCGAGCGAUAGAGACAGACGCGUGCCGAAAUCAGUGUUGCGAACCAUGUUGGAGCAAGUGGACGUAUAAUCUGGAAGGAAGACAUCUGUUCUGUGUGUGUAUAUGUGCUGGCAGCUUGAGUUUUUGGAAAAAAGGUUUGCGGCACGUAAUCCGCGAUGAGUGAUAUCUGUAACGAGUGCGAGUGAGGUACGUGCGUACUAUACGUGCAGGUUAAUCAGGGUAGCCAUGGAUCUGUUCGAUACUGGUCAUCCGGAGCACAGCAACUUCACCAACAACGGAUCCAGCGAUGCGAUACCGCUCUACACCGGAUAUCCACGGGUGCUGCUCAACAUCGCAACGGUGACGUGCAUCGCGUACAUGGUCGUCGGCGUGCCGGGCAAUCUGCUGACAAUAGUGGCCUUGGUCAAGAGUAAGAAGACGCGGAACGCAACGGCCGUCUUCAUUAUGAAUUUAUCGUUCUCCGAUUUGCUGUUCUGCUGCUUCAACCUGCCGCUGGCCGCGAGCACCUUCUGGCACCAGGCUUGGCUGUAUGGGGAUUUGUUCUGCCGGCUGCUCCCGAUGAUGCGGUACGGGCUGCUGGCGGUCUCGCUGUUUACCAUACUGGCCAUCACAAUCAAUCGCUACAUUAUGAUCGGCCAUCAGCGGCUGUAUCAAAGAAUCUAUCGUACGAAAAAUCUCUGUCUGAUGGUGGCGUUUACCUGGAUACUUGGCUUCGGUUCGCUGCUGCCCACGUGGCACGAAAAGUGGGGCAAGUUUGGCCUCGACAUUAACAUUCACUCCUGCUCGAUACUGCCUGAUAGUCAGAACAACUCACCGAAACAGUUCCUGUUUUUCAUCGCGUUUGCCCUGCCCUGUCUGGCGAUCAUCGUUUGUUACGCACGAAUAUUCUACAUUGUACGAUCGACCGCGCUGCGCACAAAAGAUCUGCCAGGCGACAAUCUGGAUGAAAACAGCGUGGAGGACGUGUCCAGUGCAGUGAGCAACCAGCAGCAGCAACAACAACAACCAGCCCCGCAUCCGGGCCAGUACGCCGGCUCGUCAGCAACGAUCACUCCGGAGAAGGAUCAGCCAGCACCGCCGGCCUUGUCAUACAUCAACUUUAGUCAACACGACGCCGACUGGCACUAUAUCGAUUCUAGCACGGAGAAUGAAAUAUUCUGCAGCACCAGCUCAUCGACGGAGGAUGUCUCACACCGGCCAGUGGAUGUGAAGCCGACCCACAACCACCACACGGUCGUCGAUCGCUGCGAUUGUAGUGGCAAUAGGAGUCCGCCAGACCAAACUGAGGAAGAAGGAUAUCUGGAGAAUAGCAACGUAAAGUCGCGCAAUCAGCCACGGUACGCAAACGCAUCCGGGCCGGGGGUGAGACGCAACGCGAGCAAUGUAAAUGCGCGAAAGCGCAAGAAGCAUCUGAACACAUCCGGCGCCUCGAUCAUGAGCGCGGGCAAGAUGUCCGCCAAGGACAAGAAGCUGCUGCAAAUGAUACUGGUGAUCUUUCUGGCGUUUCUCGUGUGCUAUCUACCGAUCACGGUGGUGAAGCUGUUCCGUCCCAGCGUGCAGGUGCUGAACGUGGUGUCGUAUCUGCUGAUCUACCUGACCACCUGCAUCAAUCCCAUCAUCUACGUGGUAAUGUCGCGCGAGUACCGGCAAGCGUACUCCGAUCUGGUGCUCUGCCGUACGUACGAGAUCGCUAAAAGCAAAUGCAAGCAGCAUAAAGCGGCCAACGUGCUUCGCUUUGCGUCGAAAUGUUAACAUAGGGGGCACGAGGAGUGCGAUUAGAAGAAGAAAAAGAAAA